AUGCUCCAAACGUCUUUGAUCGUAACAUUUGUCGGGAGCGAAGGGGCGAAAACGGCGGUGGGGGCGGGGACCGACGAAAGCGGCGGCGACGACGACGGCCGGAAGAACGAGCGGGGCCAUCUACAGCAGCUGGAAGAAGAAGGGCAGGGCGUGGAGUGGCCGAUUGAGCUACGAGAAGGUGACUACCCAGCCUCCGUCGCGACUGAGUUUGUGAUGUCACGGCUGGGUUUGGACGUUCGGGAAAGAGGAACCGCUCCGAAGGUGUUUCGGGGAGAGGACAGAGUGCUGGACGAGGACGGUGUAGAACAAGGCGUUCAUGGCGCGGCAGCAGCAGCAGAAGGGGAGCGAGUGGUCCGAUGGGUCACCCAAAAGAUAGAGGAAGAGCUCGCCGAGCGAGAGGUGCGGCGUAGCCUCAAGCGAGCGGAGGCAAUCGAAGUGGCAUCCAAAACAGGUCAUUUGAAGAUCAUCCGCGGGGCAACUAGGGGAGAAGACGGAGAAGAGGGCAACAGCGGUGGUGAUGAGAUUUAUUCCUCGAACGCCGACUGGCUAGUGACAGACGUCAACACUCUGGAUGUGACGGACCCCUUCGACUUCGAGUACGUGCUCGGACCAGAAGGCCUGGCGGACGCAUUUUUAGCUGAGCACGUGUGGGAGCACUUGUCCCUGGAUGACGCUCAUCGUGCCACCAGAAACUGCCAACGAUACCUACGCCCGGGGGGGCGCCUUCGGCUCGCGGUGCCUGAUCCGGCAUGGUAUCCGACCACGUUUGCACGCACUCCUUCUGUUUCACGCCGUCAUGAGGAUAUCACCACACGAGAGAGGUCUGCCGAUUGGCCUACCCAGACCCCGGGUUCCAAGCGUGCCGCCGACAUCGAGAACGGCGGGGACCUUUCCAGUAGUCGCGACGACGAGGACCAAGUCGUCACUAGUACGCAUCACGGGGUAGGCGAAGAGGCAGUGUCCAGCGAAGCAAUCCGAGGACGAGACGGUGCGCGGAGUGGAGGACGAAAUCUUGAGCUGCCGGGUUGGCUCAAUCGGGACAUGCUCGAAGCGGACGCCAGGGACGGCCACCUCGUGCAGUAUACUCCCGAACUCCUGGCCAACGUCUGCUGGAGCGCGGGACUGACGCCCACCCUUGUUGAAGGCGGAGGUAUUGUUGGUGGCGGAGGCCGUUCCGGCGGCCGCGUUCACUCCGUAUCGUCCCGAGCAUCGCCAUCAUCGGUGGCGACAAACGAAGCUGCAGCAGAGACGAAUGGCGGAUACAUGGAUGAGCAGCGACACGAGCGAGAUGACCGUUGGGGGGUCAUCAAGAGGAGCGUUGCUGGUGGAGACCCAAGGGGAGCGGUAUCGAUCGUCAUGGAUUGCUUUAAGCCUUCAACAACAAACAGCAUUGAAGGUCUUCGAGUGCAUCCACCUGAGGUGCACGGCCCGCGGGACGUUGCAGGCGAAGACCAGACCCGUGACCACCCAGACGGCCAUCCAGUCCUUCUUGACCACACCUGUGGCACAAAACACUCUGAGAACACCCCAGGACCCCCCUCGCUGUCGCGGCCUUCGUCAAGUCAGUCGUCAUCUUCUUCGUCCGUGUCAUCGCGGCCACGGCCGCCUGGGAGUACCAUGGGACCCAGGAGUUGCGCCGGGGACUUCCUCAAGCCGACGACGUCUGACGUGUGCAACGCUGCUGUCGGUAGGGGCAGUACUGACAACGUCCCGGACGAGGAGGGUAGUUUCGGCGGAAAUCGCGAUCUUGCCGGCGAGCGACAAGUUCGGAAGAGGAGGGAGUCUUUUGCGGAGUGGGUAGCCGAGGCCACAAAGAGCGGCCGAGUGUACCCGCCACUUCCGCCAGUGCCCGACUCGCCCACCACACGGCAAACGCAAAGCAUGCCACCAGCUCACGCCAACAGCGGCAUCAGGGGCGGCGACACGAGCAGCGACAGCACCGGCGGUGGCAGAAAGUUUCCGACCCUUCGCACCUUGAAGCGCGCCCGUGCACGCGCCUUGGAUGAUCUGCUCACGGGCAACGUUGCCGGCACCCUUGAGCUGUGCCACGAGAUCUUGCAAGAAUGGCCGUUCGAUAGCACAACUCUUCUCUACCAGGGGGCCGCCAUGGCGCAGAACGGCGAGUGGGGAGUCGCCUGGAACAAGAUGGAGCGCGUUCUCGCGCUGUUUAGCGGCUCGCAGAAAGUGGCCCCCCCAUCAGCUCGCAGUACCCACGGCUCGCCUGGGCAAUCGAGUGCUGGCAUCGUAUCCCCUCGCGCUGCAGAAGUGGUCCCACUCGAUGUUUUCUUAGCAGCGGUCGUAAAUCUUGCGUCGUUCGCGGGGAACCGGGCAUCUGAAACUACAGACGUGCACGCGGAAACUCUAUUUCUUGUUGAGGGCCUGCGCGGAGCCGCGGAUCGACAAGAUGCCGCCCGUCCGGGCAACAAGGUGACACCGUCGAGACCUUCGUCGUCGUCCACGCCAUCGUCAAAGUCUGGAGAAACUGUCAGCACGGCGGAGAAUACGGCCGAAGAAGAAGAGGCCGGAACCAAGUCAUCGCUAGGUGGAAACAACGAAGACGGCGGCGACGGUGACGAAAAUACACUAACGGGGGAGUACUACGAGGUCGGAAAGAUCGACGACUUCACGAAGAUUCUCACGGCGCUGGGCAAGGCGCUGGAAGGAAACGGGCAGCUUACGUCGGCGCUGAGGCUCUACCAGAGAGCCAUCCUCCUCGGCGGUCACCAAGACCAGGCGGCUCUCCGCGGCCUCGGGAGGAUGUCUCGCCACCUCCUCCAAGUGGAACGGGAAAGAACGCGGAAACGUGAGACCGCCCAAGCAGGAGCUCUGCGGAAUCUGUCGUCGGGGGCGUCGCCAACCUCGCCUUCUCCUCCUGGCGACCGUUACUACCGUCAAGGGUACCGAGGCGAGGCAGCACUUGGAGACUCUGCUGGUUCGAGGUCACACGCGCAGGGGCAACGAGACAGCUGUGAGUGGACUAUCACCCAUCCGAGACCGGGCCAAGUCUUUUCCCCGGAGGACUUGAUCCAGGUGGAGUUCGAUCUGACCCUCCUGGAUCCAGGAUUGCCCUCUGCGGGUUCCCUCUUCGAAACCGUCGCAGUCGGUGGUGACAGCGCUGUCGGUGGCUUUGGGUUGGAAGAUUACGCACAGGGAGGCAGAGGAUAUCGCGCCGGGGAUGUCAUCAACGAUAACCUGGGCGUAAUCGUUUGCAGUUACCUGGAUCACUAUGAAGCAGCGAACUGCGUCCCGAGAGGACAGCUGCGUGAUGUCGGGCUCGGCUGGCACCUGCUCACAGCAGAGCCGCGGUGUCGGGGGCNAGCACUUGGAGACUCUGCUGGUUCGAGGUCACACGCGCAGGGGCAACGAGACAGCUGUGAGUGGACUAUCACCCAUCCGAGACCGGGCCAAGUCUUUUCCCCGGAGGACUUGAUCCAGGUGGAGUUCGAUCUGACCCUCCUGGAUCCAGGAUUGCCCUCUGCGGGUUCCCUCUUCGAAACCGUCGCAGUCGGUGGUGACAGCGCUGUCGGUGGCUUUGGGUUGGAAGAUUACGCACAGGGAGGCAGAGGAUAUCGCGCCGGGGAUGUCAUCAACGAUAACCUGGGCGUAAUCGUUUGCAGUUACCUGGAUCACUAUGAAGCAGCGAACUGCGUCCCGAGAGGACAGCUGCGUGAUGUCGGGCUCGGCUGGCACCUGCUCACAGCAGAGGUUUAUCAGCUACCUAGCUUGAGACCUUACUCUUGCCCCGCAGGCAGCGGCGGAGGCAGCCGCGGUGUCGGGGGCGGGAACGAGGAUUUCAGGCAUUUUCUAAGGACGCGGAACGUCAGUCAUUUCNUCAUCAACGAUAACCUGGGCGUAAUCGUUUGCAGUUACCUGGAUCACUAUGAAGCAGCACACUGCUUGCCGAGAGGACAGCUGCGUGAUGUCGGGCUCGGCUGGCACCUGCUCACAGCAGAGGUUUAUCAGCUACCUAGCUUGAGACCUUACUCUUGCCCCGCAGGCAGCGGCGGAGGCAGCCGCGGUGUCGGGGGCGGGAACGAGGAUUUCAGGUACCUAGGGGUUGUUCCUGCAGCGGCGGAGGCAGCCGCGGUGCCGGAGAUGGGAACGAGGAUUUCAGUGAGUUUCUGCGUCGGGAAUGCCACCACCACGUGUAGAGAAGCAAAAAGAGAGAAGGAUACCAGCGGCCAGUACGAUAUCGAAGAUCUCAGACCUACAUCACCACAGCAAGAAUCGAAGGCAGAUGUCUCUCCUCGAGCGGGCGUUGCAGCACCAAGGGAAGCCCCGACAGAAAGAGGGAUUUUUUCGGUGGAAAGCCAGGGAGCGGACGUGGAGCUCCCGUUCUGUUUUAUGACCCUCGCGCUGAACGCGAUGCCGUUCAUCACGCACCACACCCCGACGUUCAACAGAGUCGGCGAGAUCCUUUCCGAGCGUGCUGCUGCUGCUGUGUCAUCCGCCACGUCUACCGCUCGUAAACCCUCCCAAAGCACGCGUUCUCCCGCGGACGAUGACGAUUCCAACGGUGAUCUCCCAUUGGACAUACCCCCACGGCCGCGGCCGGAGUCGUUCUGGGAGUGGCACGUCGUGGAAGGCGUCGCUGCGGGCCGGGCGAACCAUGGGAGUCCGUACUCCCGACGGCGCAUCCCGGAUCGGUUCUUCGACCCGAUCACGGGACUAUCCGUAGACGGAACGACGGAGUAUCUCGACAGCAUUGUUGCGAGCGACUUCGGCGCCAAGGCCUCAUGGGGGAAGCAGCGGGUUCGCGUCCACCGUCGGUGUGAAAGUAAACGCACAACCGAGGGGCCUGCUGGAGGAGCGGGCAGCUACCACAGCAAGGCACCAACCGGGAACUCGACCGGGAUCCCUUCCGCCGGCGAUGCUGAGCGGGAACGAAACACGCCCGGAUUGCGUGGCGGCGGCGGCGGUGAUGUCCGUGAUGAUACAUACGGUGGUGGCGCUAGCGGCAGGUCUUCAUGUCUGUGGCGCGACAAAAUCCAGAUGAUCAACUCGGUCGCGUUCUCGCUGGAGAAGGAAUGCCUGCUGGUGCAGGUCGAUGCUGACGAGCUCUGGACGGCCGAGCAGCUGGUGCUGCUCCGGGAUAUGUUCUUGCUCGAGCGGAAAGGGGAUGGCGGGGAGAAUUUUCGGAACGACGCAAAAAGCGAAGAAGAAGAGCAGCAAUCAUUUUCCGGAACCGCCAACGUGGUUGGCCAUUCCAGCGAAGGAUACACGUUGAGUGACGAAUACAAGCGGCUGCAGCAACAGCAACGUGGCGGCCAACAACAGGAGGUGAACCAGCCACACCGCCGGACGGCCAUAAAAAGGGAGUGCGCCUACUUCGAUUGCCCCUUCUUCAUCGGCCCAGAUCUAGUGACGGUCACGGAAGACGGUUGGGGCCAUUCAGCAUCCAACGAGUGGCUCCGAGCCUGGGUGUUUCGACCACGUGGGUCCGUUUGGCUCAAGCACGCGCCGCCAGAGCUCGCCAGGCACGACGAGGCCACCGGCUGGAUGUUGUUGGCUGGCGACCGGUGCAUCGGGCGAGAAGAGACCAGGGAGCGGGGACUUGUUUUCACGCACUACGCGUAUGUUCUUGAGGAGCAGGUCCGAUUCAAGGACGAGUUCUACGGGCACUCGGACAUGGCGGCAACCGAAGAAAGUCUAACCAACGUAACAACGAAGCCGGGAGACCCCGUCUCCGAGUGGCGAGCACUUCAGAGAGCGGCUCCUCCCGUCCUUCUCGCCGACUACUUGACGUGGCUGCGGGUGCAGGGAAGCACCCAGGAUCCUAGGCUACUGACGACCGUCGCUGACCGUCCCCCUCCUGCUGGGUUUUCCACGUCCAGCCUGGGGCAGUGGUCUCGGCCGCACUGCAGCGGCGGGAGAGAAGAAGAAGGAGACUCAAGCGAGACAGCCCGUAGAGUGGAAGGUGACCGCCAUGGCAAGCAGGGAGGUGUUGGCCUCACGGCAGGCGCUGCUCGAGUGCCUGCCCUCGCAACGUUCCCCAACGACUCGGUCGUACCGCUUAAGCUGUUCCUCCAGCAAGAGGAAGGCGGCCGAUGUCGACACAACAGGACUAACGGCAUCCAAGAUCAUGCGAGUGGUACGGGGGAAGCCAGAACCUCCUUCCUAACACACGGAGUACAUGUCGGUUUGAAGGAGCAUGGUCCAGGCGGAGGGUUACUGCCGGUGCCGGGGGGAAGGGGCGGAGACGAUCGGAACGGGCCAUUUGCGGAGGCGGCGACUUGUUGGGUUUUCCAUUUGGUGGUGGACGGGGUGGUGUUCCAAGUUGAUGUCACUAAGCCGCAGGGGAUCAGCCGGGUGUGGGCGAGCGUCCUACCGGCGAUUUUGGGUCGCCUCAGCGAGUUCGAAGGCACCUGCCUCACUCUCCUUCUUCGCGGUUUGGCUCCGCCUCCCCGAGUCAUCGAGGAGGCGUUUUUAGGUCUUCCCUCGGAACGGUUCACUACCAAGCACCUGCCCCUGUACAAGCCGUUCUUCGGCUACGUCGCUGAGGGGCUGAUGCUCUCGUGGGCCGUGCGGAACGCGGGGGCGACAGCGUUUGUCAGCACGCUAUAUUCUCAGCCGCUCUGGGCUACAACACCCAACGUUGUGGGGCUCCUCUUGGUCCACGAUGUCCUGCCCGAAACCUUUGGUUGGGACAUGUCCAAGGGCGAGUGGUCACAAAAGGCCAAUGCCGUCGCCGAAGCUUCCAGCGUGGUCGCCGUAUCUCAGCACACCGCCAAAGAAUUCCUGCGUGUGUACCCUCCCGAGAUCACGACGCCCUCAGCUAGCGGCAACGCGACCGGCAGCCACUCUUUAAGGUCCGUCUGGGUGGCACACAACGGCGUGGACACCGCGGUUUAUCGCCCGCUGACGUUCAACGGCGACAACCACGUGCCGGAUGACGAUGGCGAUCAGAACAGCACCAGUAAUACCAACGAGAGCAACGCAUUUCGACGACUGGCGGGCCUGGGGCCAGGUACCCCCUACGUGAUGAUCGUCGGCUCGAGGCUCGGAUACAAGAACGCUCGCGCUGCCUAUAGAGCGCUCGGCCUCGCAGCCACUCCAACCGUCGAUGCUGCAAGCUCCGGUUCAGCAGCACCUGGCGGCACUCUUGCGCUUGUCCUGGUCGGCGGCGGUCCCAUCCAGCCAGACGAACUCGAACUUCUGGCAGAGGUUGGUGCAUGGUCACACGUCGGUGUUGGGUCGGGGAUGACACCGGCAGACACAAAACACAGAGCGGGAGCAGGAGGAGGACGAGGAGGAGGAGGAGGAGGAGGAAGGGGGGGUGAAGAGAGCGAACCUGGUGUUGUAGACGAUAAUCUACUGGCCCAAGGCUACGCGGGGGCAAAGGCACUUCUCCACCUCUCGCUUGGGGAAGGUUUCGGGUUGACCGUACUGGAGGCGUUCGCGUGCGGGUGCCCAGUGAUCGCCGCCGACAUCCCUCCCAUCAGAGAGAUCGCCGGACUCCCGGCAAUGGACCAAGAACGAACAACCGACGCAGAAGGCACAGUACGGGUAGCGGGAUCAUCGGUCAGCGGAAGUGAUACGCCACCUCUGGCCUAUGGUGACGGUGGAGAUAGCAGGGAAAGGGGACGAUACGACGGAGCUUCAUCUCCUUUGGAAGGGGGCUUGGUUCUCGUGGGAAACCUCAUGUCGGCGACCCAAGUAUGGAGAGCGGUGAGAGCGGUCGUGGCGAUGGACGCAGGGCGCCGGGUCGCCGCAUCGGAGGCCCUCGUGAGGCGUGCAAGGGUACUAAACUCUUGGCAACCAUUGGCGGACACGCUGAUCAAGGCAGCCGCAGAUUCGGCAUAG